AUGAGUGCCGGAUCCAGCCCAGGGGUGAUCACGGCCCCUCCUCUUCCCAGCAUGCCUCACAAAGAGCGGUACUUCGACCGCAUCGACGAGAACGACCCCAACUACCUGCGGGAGAGGAACAUGUCUCCGGACCUCCGACAGGACUUCAACAUGAUGGAGCAGAAGAAGCGGGUGACGCAGAUACUUAAGAGCCCCGCCUUUCGGGAGGAUCUGGAGAGCUUGAUCCAGGAUCAGAUGAAGAAGGGGAACAACCCAACAGGUCUCCUGGCCCUGCAGCAGAUUGCCGAUUACAUCAUGGCCAGCUCCUUCGCCGGUUUCGCCUCCUCUCCUCUCAGUCUGGGGAUGGUCACGCCAAUCAAUGACAUCCACCCUGCUGUGGAGGCCACAAUGGCAAAAGGGGAGAAGCUCACCAGGUGUAAGCUGGCCAGCAUGUACCGCCUGGCUGACCUCUUUGGGUGGGCGCACUUGAGCAACGCCUACAUUACGGUUAGAGUGAGCAAGGAGCAGGACCACAUUCUCAUCAUCCCCAGAGGCCUCUCCUUCUCA